GGCUUUCAUUUUGUUAUGCUUACGGUACUGGUUCCAGGCUUGGUACAAUCGGUAGGCCUGUUCUUCAUACCAGAGUCUCCAAGAUGGUUGGCAAAGAUUGGCCGAGAAAAAGAGUUGGAAGAUACUAUACAACAUCUUAGGGGAAAGAAGGCAGAUAUUUAUUUAGAAGUGGCUGAGAUCAGGGACUAUACGAAAACUUUUGACCAGCUCUCCAAAACGAGCAUUCUAAACUUGUUUGAGCGAACAUAUGCUCAUCCACUAACUAUUGGAGUUGGACUAGUGUUACUGGUACAAUUUGGAGGGAACAACGGAAUUUUGUGCUACACCAGUUCAAUUUUUGAAGCCGCUGGCUGUUCAGUUAGUGUUGGGACAACAGCAAUGGCUAUUAUUCAGAUUCCCUUCACUGCAUUGAAUGUAUUUAUAGUGGAUAAAUCCGGCCGACCAUCACUUUUGAUGGUGAGUAUGUGAAAAUCCUGUUCAUAUUUUUCAGUUUUUAUAUUGAU